AAAGUGCAUCGGACACCAAAGGCGGUACAUUCAUGACAGCUUUCGUAGUGAUGUCAUUCAACAUUGCUAAGACAUACAUCGAUAUAGAUUGGUCGAUAGUUGAAGAUGCACUCCGCUGGUUGGCUAGUAUUCAAACCCAAGAAGGCACAUUCAAUGAGGUUGGUCGGGUUACAGAAGCUAACGUGCGAGGAGGAGUGGGUUCAACCAAAUAUUCACUUACAGCGUAUGUACUAAUUGCUUUUUUGGAAAUUGAAGAUAUUGCAGCAAAACAUCGGCAAACAGUAGACAAAUCGAUAACAUUUUUGGAGAGAAAUUUUUACAGCAUAACAAAUCCGUAUGAUCUAGCAUUGGCCACGUAUGUACUAUCACUUAGCGGUCGACCGAAGCGAGAGGAUUUCCUAAGCAAACUUCUAGAAAAGUCUAUUUCCGAUAGAGAACUUAUUGAACGAUACUGGCAAGUGCCCUCGGUUAACGUAGAAAUUGCCGGAUACGCACUGCUAUCAUUAGUUGUUAGUGAUGAUUUAUUCCAUAUUACUGAUGGACUUCCUGUUUUACGAUGGUUGAACAGUAAUUGUUUCGUCGUAGGGGGAUUUCCUGGAACACAGGAUAUAUUUGUCGGCUUAAAAGCACUUACCAAAUUUACAGCGAAAAAGUCAUCCCAUAGAAAUGAGUAUCGAGUUAUUUUAACAGGACAGCAUAACCUAUAUGCAUUUCGUAGUACCUUUUACUUCGACCGUGAUAAUUCCAUGUAUAUUCUGAAUUACAUUUUGCCCAACGAUAUCCGCCAGUUUGAUGUACACAUUGUUGGUAUCGGAAGCGGCUACUUGGAAGUGGCAUAUGAUUACUAUCUAAAUAUCCAAAUGUCGCGGCAAAACUUUCGAUUGGCUGUACAAAUGCUAAAUAUAACGACUUGUCAUGUGCAGCACCUGAAGAUCUGUGUCAAAGAUACCCCAGAAAAAUCCUCCAGCCUCUCUAAUAUGGCAUUUGUUGAAGUAUUUUUCCCCAGCGGAAUGGUUGUAGAAGCGGACGGCGUGGAAGAUUUAUCUAAUGCAAUUCGGAAAACUGAAUUACAAUUCGCUGGCACCUCGGUAGUUGUAUACUAUGACAAUCUAGGGCCGGAAGAGAAAUGUUUCAAAGUGAUAUCCUACCGUAAAUACAAAGUGGCAGUGCAUCGACCGGCUUAUGUUGUUGUCUAUGAUUAUUACGACCGAGAUCGUUUUGCCAUUAAAACAUAUGACAAAGUAAUGCAGCUGUGCGAUACCUGUGAAGAUGAAGAUUGGCUUGCAUUGUACUAUGGGGGACUGAAGCAGGAGCAGGAAAAAAUCGGGUUUUUUUAA